CAAAAACUGCAUGAACUUGCACAAAAAUUGAGUGUCCACAGACGUAAGACUCAAUGAAUCUCAUCGAUUAGUGACAAGAAUUGUAUUUCAAUACAUUCACAGCAAUGAAAUUCGAAAUGUUGUUUUCGAGUACCAUCGCGGCAGCGGCACACUUUUUGGAAAUUCAACGCGGCGUGGGAGAGAAAAAAAUUUAAAAAAAUCAUCGCGGCAGAUUUCGGGCCACGAUGGACAUCUCUGAUGUGUAACGAUUAGAAAAUUUUUCUCACUCAAGAUACGAGAAACUCGACCUUAAUGUAUCGCAGUCAUAGGCUCAUCACUUAUGUCAUUAUCGACUUUAAUAUUCACAUUAAUGUCAUGUUUGGAAUAUAUUAUUAUUGGUAGAUUAGCCUUUGUUUUUCACAGAUAAUUAUUAUGUAGAGAACAUGUUGUUCAUAUCCUCGAACUUUGAAGCUAUGCUUGUAAAAGUGAAAUUACGAAUAAAAUAAUGAUUUAAAUUCAUAAUACUAAUUCAUCUAGAACAAUAAACUGACUUUAUCAAAGAAUUAGUCUAAUCCAUUUAUAUAUGACAUACCAUUGUAUAUACUUCGAAAGAUAAAAUAUGUUCUUUUUGCAUAUUUUUGAUAGUAUGUAGUGUUAUAAAAUAUGAAAGUAUAUGUUCUAUUUUAAUUUAAUUCAAAAAAUACUUUUGAAAAAGUUUUAUCUUAAUCAUUUUGUGGAUUAUAAAAGUUGAUUAAGGAAUUUUUUUCAAAAUUCUUUUUUCACCUCAAAGAUUGAAGUCUAAUUAAAAAUCUAACUUUGUUCCAUUAAUAAAGGCUCCAUCUUCUCAUAAAAAAAAACACUACACUAUUAUUAUGUUUAUAAUGACAUGAAAAGAAAUAAAGUAUUUAACACUUCAACAAUAUAAUGGCCCCUGGACCUUCCCUACAGCACUUUAGCCGUUUUAAUAAAAUUCUAGGCCGUAGCACGAUGUGUAAGAAAGAAUCAAGUGACGAUAUUUUACUCAUAGAUAGUUCCAUUUUUGACUAGAAUGUUUUCUUUCUGAGAUAUUCAAUUUCCAAGAUACAUGAGAUUCUCAAAUUUUUCAUCGAAUAUGAGUUAUUUUCGGAAACUCAAUAUCUUGUAAAGAAAACAUUCUAGCUAUAGUUAGAUCUAUUUAUAGACUAAAGCUCAAUAAAGCAGCUUUUAUUUUAGGGAGAAAGGCCUCAAGAUACUUAUUCUGUUGAUUUUUCUAAUACUUAUUUGAACUUUGUCUUAUGCACAAAGUGUAAACAAAAAAGAAAAUUUCUUCAUAAUUUAAUUCAUCAAUAGAAAUAAUUAUUUGAAAAAUAUUAAUUAAUUAUUAAUUGUUUUUUUUUUAUAGGUAUUUUGUAUUAAUAAUUGAAUAUCUAGUUGUAUAUAUUCAUAUAAAUCAUGAUCGUUCAAAAGAAUUUAAUAAUUUGUUACAUUCAUAUCUUGAAACCGUUCAUUAUUUAUGGUCAGAUGAACAACGUCAAUUAGAAGAAGAAAAACGUUUAUCAUCAAGUAUAUAUCGUCAUGAAACAAGUGAACUUGAAAGUGAACAAGAUGAUUAUGAAUAUAAACGUUUAUUUCCGUCAUUUGAUUCGGAUUUUCUUGAUUUUCUUCCAUUAAAUGAAAAUAAUGAUAAUAAUAAUGAAAAAGAAGAAAUAAAAGCUUCAAAAAAUUCAAUACUUCCAUAUUAUCUUCUAUAUGAAUAUUUUUCCUCAAUAAUAAAUAAUAAAAAGAAUUCUAUAAACGAACUUUUUCAACCAUUUUUUAAUAGUUUAUAUGAAUUUGGUGAAGAUAAUCGUUUAAUAACACAUAUGAUACGUUUAUCAAUAAAAUCAAAAGAAACAUUAUCAAAAUAUAUAUUAAAUAAAAAUAAACCAUUUGAUAUUUAUCAAGAUUCAAAUUCAUCAAUGAUAGUUGAAUCAUAUUCAAUAAUUAUUUCAAUUGAACAACGUACAAAUUUUCUAUUAAAAACUCAUGAAAAUCAUCCAACAUUAAUUGAAAUUCUUCUUGUUAUUAAACGUAUUAAAUCAUUUUCAAUUGAAAGUUCUAUAAUUAAAUUUCUUUAUGGUUUUGAUAUUCUUUUUACAAAAUUAACAUAUUGGCAAGAAACAUAUUCAUCAAAAACUCUUCAAACAACAUAUAAUAAUGAAUUAGAAAUUUUAACAUCAUAUAUAAUAAAAUAUCGUAAAUAUGAAUUUAAUUGUUAUGAACAAACAUUAUCAAUGAUUGAUUAUAAACAACGACAAAUAACAAUUGAAAAUUGGUGGUUACAUUUAUUUGCAUUAAUUAAUUCUAAAAAUGAUUUAAUAUUAUUAGAAAAAAAUCUUAAUGAAU